AUGUCAUCCACGUCAAAGGAUGAUUCCUCUCACCAAAAAUCAACUUCAGAACAAACACAAUUAUAUCGUUCAAAGUUAGAACAAGUUGUACUAAAUACUUCAGAAAGUUUGGAAACUUGGAAAAGUUUUGAACGAGAUUAUAAAUCUUUAAAAGACACUUUAGAAGAAUUAAAUCAUGAAACGGAGCAUAAAGUUAUGGUCCCGAUUGGUAAUUUAGCAUUCAUGCCAGGGAAAUUAAUUCACACUAAUGAAAUUUUGGCAAUGCUUGGUGACAAUUGGUUUGUAGAAAGGUCGACAAGCCAGGCCGUUGGAAUUGUUGACAGAAGGAUGGAGAUGGUGAGAAAAACUAUAGAUGAUUUGGAAAUACAACUUAAAAAUCAACGAACAAAGAUUGGGUUGACCUCCAACAUAUUGGGACUUGCAAGUUCACAAGAAGCAAAGAUUAACGAAGAAGGAUUGCCUUUUGUUGAUAUUGUUGAAGAAUAUCAAUCUGAUGAAGAAAAGAAAGAGACAUUGGCUCUAAAUCAAGUUAAAAGGGAAACAGCGGACGUUAAAGCCACGGAAUCUGCAAAAGUUCAUACAAUCCGAUCUCCAGCUGAUAUUUACGCGCAUAUGUUAACGAAGGCAAAUCAAAGUGAGAAACAUGAAGAUGAUGCAUAUGUGGAAAAGAUUACUCCGGAAGAUAUAGAUUUUGUUUCGUCUUCAAAUAAGCCUGAACAAAAAAGAUCUACGUCAUUAUUCAAGUCAGGAAGGCGAUCCAAUUUAUUGCAUAUUCCAAGAGAAUCUCGUAAGCCUGCAUUUUCCUCUGUUCCGGUUGGAGGUGUAAAUGAGAAUAAUGCAGCAAAAAGUCCAGUUAAAGCAGCUGUUGUGGAAAAAGAUGUUCGUCCUGAAGAUAUUGAUGUGGAAACUUUGGAAAAUGAGCUUUGGAUGAAAGAGAUCUCUUCUGCAUAUCAUCAAAAACGAAUGCAGUUCAUAGCACAAGAAGGCGGAUUCACUUCCGCGUUUGAAUCAAAACAGAAUGAAGACAAUUUGGAAGAAGUUGAGGAUUUAGUUGGUGAUAGUCAAUCGACUUCACAACCAAUAAUUGAUGAGAGGCCUAAAAGAGUUUCUAGAUUUAAAGCUGCUAGAUUACAGGGGAAAUUGGAAUGA